AAAGAAAAAAUAGUCCGUUAGGAUCAGAGCGACAGGUCACCAAGUCGUCAAAGCCCGUCAUUCCACGUCAGCUUUUUCCGGGUUGGCCAACCAUGCAAGACGACGCUCCCGUCCCAACGCUCGAGUCUAUCACGGCGGCCUUUGAGGCCGUCUCCUUUGAGCAGCUACUACACCACUUUACGACAUGCCACGAGCCGUUCGUCGUCCUCUCUGGUGUCUCGGUCGACCUCUUCAACGCCUACUUUGAGGACGACGAGGAAGCGCCCUUUCGCUUGCGCUUUGUGGACCUCGUCGACGGUGACGUUAUCAUUACGGACGUUGCAUCGUGUGCGCACGAGACGGUCAUCGGAAAUUUCGAGUACGCGUUCCUCCAGGCUACAGGCGACGGCGAUGAAGUAAACUCGAGUGGCUCGUUCACGGCGUCGCGAGGCCAAGGCAUCAAGAUGAUGCAGGCUGAUGCGACCUACGGUCCAUUUUACAAUACGCUCAACCGAGGCCCACCGCCGACGCUCGAUGAAGGACCACCGCGCGUGCUGCGUCGAUGCAGCGAGUGGGUAACGUUGGCGGUUGUGGUCGGCCACUAUCAGACGUGGACUGGGCUUGAAGCCGCGGGCAACUGGUGGUCCCACUACGUUGGCGUCAAGUACGUGCUUUUGAUGAAAGUCAACGAGAACGCGUCGACGCUCGCGUACAAGCUAUUUGAGAUCUCGCAGGUGGGCGAUCUGCCCCUUCCGUCGCAGCAAGGGUCUCUGACGGUCGAUGACGACAUGAAGCAGUACAUUCUUCGUAUCGACACGCGCCAUUUGCUCGCUAUUCCACACGGAGACGAGAUUCCCUCAGGCAUGCACGACGUGUGCGCUGUGGACCUUGGUCGGGUGCUCCGACAAGCACAUCGCAGCUGCCACAACUAGGUCGCGGUGCAUCAACUCCAAAACUCGCAUUUCACUUCUUUUGUUGCUA